GCAUCAACAUGAUAAAAGGCAACUUUUGGGGCAACUUUUCGUUCAAUAAUUGACACAAUAACUCAACAUAGCAUUUCUUUAAGUUUAAACCUUCCGAUAUCUCUUCUAUAUCGCCAGCAGAACCAAGUCUUUGUUUAAACAGUAAGUCAAAUGUAAAGUUUAAACCUUCAUCAGAUCCUCCUUCUAGAUCGCAUGAAUUCGAUGACAAGCCUUGAAGGCCUAGUCGACUCAAGCAUCUCAGACAACCAGCAGAAGAACUUGCAGGUGGGUUCCGUGGAGGGAUUGGUAGAUAUUUGCAACAGGUACAAUCAAAUUUAAAGGGUUGUCUGCUGGUUGUUGGGAGCACCAAGUAGGGGGUAUGGUGGAGGGAUAUUGGUAGAUGAAUUGAUCACCAGUGAAGGCAGGCUGCACGUUGCAAGGGAAGCUCCCACAAGUAGAUAGAGAGAAGCUCUCACGAAAGAGAGAGUUUCUCUGGAUCUCCAGCAGAACAACUAAGUGUUUGUUUAGCGGAACAAAGUCUCUUGCCUCAAGGCUUCGAAAUUUUUGCAGGGAACGACAAAUCAAUGGAAGAAACGAAAGAGCUAAGGAACGAAAAAAGGUCAACGAAGGAGACCGUGGAGUGUAGUUCAAAGCCUAAUCGUAAAUUUGUCGCACGCCCUAUGCCCCCGAAGAGGAGUCAGAUCAAGCGUCAGAUCUUUGAUCAGAUCUUAAGAGCUGGCACGACGUCACAAGAAGAGAAGGGAAAGAAGACAAAGGUGGGUCUAGGGCUCCAUUGCUGCUGCCUUAACUCUUGGAUGGUGGAGAGCCAGCCGGAUGAGCCCCAGCAGCCUGACAAGUGGUGCAUCUACAGGGUUCCCAAGAAACUCCGCAAAGCAAACGAAGCAGCAUACACUCCUCAACUACUUUCAAUAGGCCCUUUGCACCAUGGCAACCCAGAAUUCAAGGACAUGGAGACCUAUAAGAAAAUGUAUUAUGAGAAUUUUUGUGAACGACGUACGAAGAAGAGCGAGAACGAACUGAAAGACUUCAUCAGAGAGCGUAAACAGGACAUUCUUCACUGUUAUGCAGGGACUACUGAGCUUCGCGUGGACGUAAUUUUAGUUGAUGCCUGCUUCAUCAUCCAGCUCUUUUUAUUGAACUUUGAAGACAAUAAAAAUGAUUACAUUUUGAGAUCAGAAUGGUUGAGGAAAGCUGUAGAGCACGAACUGAUACUGUUCGAAAACCAGCUUCCUUAUUCUCUUCUUGAAGAACUGUAUAAGUUUGCCAUGACUGCAGCCUCUCCCAGCUCGCAUCCCGUCAAAGAGUCACAAGAACAAAAUGUGGAAGGAAAUGAAUCCAGCAGGGACAACCAGCAGUACAAUUCCUGCUCGACAGGUCCCCGUGAUCAUACUAAUUCUGUAGAUCAGAGUGACGAACCUGAACCUCGAUUUCUUACGCUUACCUGGGAGUUCUUUAAAGAUUACAGUAGGGGAAAAUCCAACAGGAAGGAAGUAAAACCAAAACAUUUCACUGAUUUGGUAAGGUAUUUUCUGUGUCCAGAGUUUCCAGGAGAAAUCAACUUCCCGGUAGAUGAUGGUGUCCCUGUUGUCCCUGAAAAAAGUAAAUACGACGUAAGAAAGCUGACGGCAGCAGGGGUGAAGUUCAGGCCACUUCCUCCAGGUACUGUACAGUACGUCAUAGAAAAAGACAGAGAUGAGGCCCACAAAUACUUGCCAUGUUUUAGAAAUAUGAAGCUGAAGCUUACACAGUUUUGUGUGAAGUAUGAGACAGAAUGUCUCAUUCGAAAUGUCAUGGCCUUGGAGCAGAUUUUGUACCCGCACGAGCCUUAUAUUUGCAGUUACUUUUUGCUGAUGGAUCAACUUGUCGAUACCGUGGAAGAUGUGGAUUUGCUGGUUGAGAAACAAAUUAUUGUUAACUUGCUAGGCAGCAACAAAGCAGUUAUAAAGCUGGUUAAUUCACUCUGUGAGCAGAUUAAGGAGGAUAAAUCCUUCUAUUCUGGUCUCUGUAAAGAUCUAAAUACGCACUACGAGAUCAGUAAAGUGAACCGAAGUGUGGCAAUCCUCAAACAAGUUUACUUCAAGGAUCUUUGGACAAGCAGUUCAACUGUACUUGGAGUUGUUGUCCUGCUUUUCUCAGUCGUUGGAACCAUUAAGUCUCUAAUGUCGUAAGAUUUAAGCUUGUUCGAUUCGUAAUCUUAAUAAAUAGACAGCAUAUUAAUGUCAGUCAUUACUUCAAGUGAUGAACUGGACAAUAAGUUGGUUAGUGUUAUAUCUUCAACAUUAAGUUUGAGUUACUAAUUAGUUCUGUUAUUGUUGUUAAUAAAAAGGCUGCAGAUCAGCUCUUGUUCAUUAUUUGUAAUAAAAAAAAUUUCCAUUGAGAAUUAAAUAAAGAAAGAGUUACGCUCUUGUUUUUAAUGCACUAAGAAUUGAAGUGUUGGAUCUUCAGCUUCAAAGCCACUUGCUGCUAGCUUUGGCUGGUCUUUACAGCAAAUACAUGUUAAGAAUGCUUUUUUUUUUCUUUCUUUAACAUGGAAAUGAAAAGAUACACGUUGUGCAGCCUGAACGCUCAGUCGAUUCCAGUAGACCUUGUGCACAACGAUGGAGGGCAUUAAAUUUAAGGAAGGGCUGCUUCAAUUGUGCCCCUUAGUUGGUCCUAUGAGUACUGCUUCAAUCAGCACAACCCCUCACACAAAUUGGACCCAUUUUCUUGGUAAAAAGUAGGUCAAAGGAUAAGGAAAAUAUUUGAACUCUAAGUUUGGGUAUAAAAAUAAAUACUCUAGAGCCGAAAACAGAAAGAAAUAUAAAUAUACUUGGCACCACUAGACCUACAAGUUUUCACAAAUUAGACUACUUUUGCGGAAUGACUUGAGUUUUCUAUGCUCUUCUUCUUCUUUUCCCCUUGUGUUUUGCAAGAAGGUACAACAGAGGAUCUAUUUGUUUUGCAUGAAUUUUUGUACCUACAGUUCAAAAAUAAAUUUCGUUAACUAGUAGCUCACCCUUUUUUAAUCAACGGGAGAACGGAUAUAUAAACUUAGAACCACUUUUAACAUUGAUAAGAAAAUUACAAAACUUAGAGCUAGUUGGUGCAACUCACCUUAUUAAAUACUCGUGAUUUUUUCUAAGGGCAAAAGGAUAGGAGUACAUUAAAA